UAUGUCUUCCGCCAUCCUCACAUCUCUGCUCCUCUGCGCUCUCUCCUCAGCUGAUUCUCCAAACUUGGUCAUGUUCUUGGUUCUUAGGCAAACAUAGCGCUUUAAACAGCAUCACUCACACACAUGCACGCAGAGGCUGGGCUGGGCUGUGUGUUUUUAUUUCAGGCCGACUCUCUCAGGCACCAGUCAUGGCUCAGUGCAGGAGCUACUUACGGGGACUGGAUAUCUGCGUCACUGUUUUACUGCUGGUGUCUGGAAUGCUGAUGAUCGUAGUGGGCUUUAUCUCCUUUGAUGGUAACAAACCUGUCGAAAAGCUGUUGGACGAGUUGUCGAGCAGUGACGGUCUCCUGGUGCUGCAGGUGCUGGGCCCCAUCACGGUGGUCCUGUCCCUCCUGGGUCUGUGCGCCGCCUCUUUGGACAUCAAACCUCUGCUCCUUCUGUUCUCUGCUCUCACCUUUGUGGAGUUUGUGGCGCUGAUCGUGGUCGCCUCACCUCUCAUACAAAUACAAGCCCAGAUGGACAGUGCAGUGGAGGAGGUGUUUUUGAGCGUGACCCCGCUCCACAAGACAGAAACAUACAUCAAACAGGAGCUAAGCAAACUGCAGGCGUCGGAAUCUUGCUGUGGGCUCAGGAGUUUUGAGGACUGGGAAGAUCAACUCCCUGCUUCCUGUCUUUGCGCACCUCCCACUCCUUUCCCAUCAAAUGUAAGCGGCACAGAUGUCCAUAAUACCAGCUCGGUGGACUGUAUGCUAGCUGUAAGUGAGACCUUGAGGGUACCACAUAAAACUUGGGUUCAUUCCAAGCCCUGUGGCCCCAUUCUAAAGAGCUAUCUGAGUUUCCCCAUCAAACUUCGAAUAGGAAUAAUUUCUGCUGUUACCACCAUCACAAUUGCAGCAAUAGCCUUGUCUCUUGCCCUGGGUUUGGAGAGGUAUUGGAGGAGGCCUGCAGUGGAGAGCACAGUGGACGACUCCAACAGAGUGAAAUACCAACUUCAACCCUACCUCACCUGGCCCUACCUCUCCUAAGCCUACACAACCCUACGCAGCCGCUGCUUCAAAUAUUUCCAGUUAUAUGUUGUCCUGUAUUAGUGAAUGUUUUAUGUGGCAUUUUCAACAUGCCUCACACAUCAGUGGCUGUUAAGACUGUUGACAUUUCUGAGGGGUCUGUUCAGGGAGUUUGGGAGCUGGUCAUUAUUGGCUCUAUUUUAGACAUGAAAGUGGAUGGGACAUUGGAGUUCCAGGAAGUAGAUUACUUCACCUCAGUGAUGUUCCAGAUUGUUUUGUUUUGUAAAUAGGAAAUGCAUUGAUUGUAGUGAGGAGUGUAAAAAAUGUAAUUAAAUGCUCAUAAUAAAUGUUGACUUUUGUUGAUAAA